AUGGAAUGCAUUGCCGUCUUGAAGAACCCCAAAGGACGCUUGUUAAUCUCACUGGGCGCUCUUAUAACACUUCUGGCUUCGAGCCGCCUCGACUAUUCUCCCACGUGCCCUUCAGGAAACUGCACGUGGUCUAGUUUUCAAUCGGCUGGGUGGUGCAGUAAAUGUGCUGAUGUUACCGCCGAUGCGGAGCUCGUUGGCUGCACCGAGGUGGAUGUUGAUAUUAGCAGCUCGAAAUCUCAACUUACUUCCUGCCAUGUGAAGCUGCCACAUGGAUCGAGAUCGAAGAGUCCCAUUGAAGUCCGACCCAACCAUGAGAUCAGCUACCUGUACCAAUACAAGAUGCAUGUCCCGAAGGAUGUCAUAUGGGCAGCCCGGGGCGAGGAGGUGUUGAAAGAAAGUAUCGAAAACGAUCAUCAUGAAUUCUUGGGCGUAAGAAAUCCAUUGAUAGUUCUUGAGCAUGCAGAACUAGAUUUCAAUGUUAUCAUGGCGGAGGAUACUGCGCUGCCAAACCCCGAAGAAUACCUUUAUGUCAAAAAAGCUACGGAAUGUGUCAUAUCUAUGUGCUCUCGGACAUACAAUGUGUCAGUGUCAGAGGGUGCUCCUUCACUCAAUGUCUCGGCAAUCUCUUACGGUGAGAGUUUUCUUCAUAAAGUGGACUAUGGAAAAUACGAAGGUCUGGAUAAUAUAACGAGCGACAUGACUUGCUGGAGAGGAACAAUAAAUGACACCCUAGACCUUGAAGAAAUUACUUUCAACAACACCGUGGGCAAUACUUGGGCUUUUGGCCUAGCAUUGAAAGAUUCCGAUCAAUUUGCCUUCUGCCCACUAGAUAAAACCCGAUCGUCUUUGUUGAAGCUCUCGAAGGAAGAACAAAUUAUACGUUCUACGGCGGUAACAUGA